AGGGACCUGUAGGUGUCACCACAUACCGCUGCGCCCGUCGUUCCUGUCCCAAUCUCUCUGUUUCAGGUUCCCUGGAGGAUGGAGCCCGGUUCCGUCCGGACCAAAGUCCCUGCCUUCCUGUCGGACCUGGGGAAAGCCACGCUCAGGGGAAUCAGGAAAUGUCCCCGCUGCGGCACUUACAACGGCACCCGGGGCCUGAGCUGCAAGAACAAGACCUGCGGGACCGUCUUCCGCUACGGCACUCGCAAGCAGCCCAGCGUCGACGCCGUCAAGAUCAUCACCGGCUCCGACCUGCAAGUCUACUCCGUCCGGCAGAGAGACCGGGGACCGGAUUACCGGUGUUUCGUGGAGCUCGGGGUUUCCGAGACAGCCAUCCAGACGGUGGACGGCACCAUCAUCACGCAGCUCAGCUCCGGCCGCUGCUACGUCCCGUCGUGUCUGAAGGCAGCCACGCAAGGCGUGGUGGAAAACCAGUGCCAGCACAUCAAACUGGCCCUGAACUGUCAGACCGAGGCCACCCCGCUGACCCUGAAGAGCUCGGCGCUCGGCUCCGUGCAGGCCUCCCCCGAAAUGAAGCAAACUAUAUGGCAGCUGGCGACCGAGCCCACGGGGCCCCUGGUGCAGAGGAUCACCAAGAGCGUGCUGGUGGUGAAGUGCAAGGCCAGCCAGAAGCACAGCCUCGGCUACCUGCACGCCUCCUUCGCCCAGAAGGUGAGCGCGAAGAGCCUGGCGGAGCACAGGUUCUUCUGCUCCUGCCAGACUCUGAAGUCGGCCAAGGCCGGCUCAGCCAAGGAGGAGUCUGCUGUUUUUGUGGAGCGGGUCGCCUUUGGCUGGCGCGUCUUCUGUUCGCGCAAGAGCACUGGGGAGAGGCUCGAGCGGCUCAUUGUGAAAUCCAAGCUGGGCAGCAGUCUCCGGGGCCUGAAAGGGCUCAUCGUGCCGCAGCUAGUCUGCAGCCCCGAAUCUGCAGCGCCAGCUGACGAGACUGCUGCUUCCAAGCCCAAGAAGAGGAAAAAGGACGUAACAUCUGGUACGCAGGUGACUAGCCCUCUCCUGGCUCAAGACGCAGCUAGCAGCAACCUGAGGAAAAGCAGCCUGAAAAAGCCAGCCGUUGCUUCGUCGCUGAAAAGGCAAGGCUGUAAUCAGCUGCUGGAUGAGUCACAGGUGACCCUGUCCUUCCAGGAAUGGCUGGCCAGUGUCACCGAACGCAUCCAUCAAACCAUGCAUUACCAAUUUGAGGGCAAGCCGGAGCCGCUGGUGUUCCACAUCCCUCAGGCUUUCUUUGACGCACUACAGCAGAGGAUUUCCGUGGGGAGCACGAAGAAGAGGCUGCCCAACUCCACGACAGCUUUUGUCCGCAAAGACGCCCUUCCGCUGGGGACCUUCUCCAAGUAUACCUGGCACAUCACCAACAUCCUGCAGGUCAAGCAGAUCUUUGAUACGCCCGAGAUGCCACUGGAAAUCACUCGCAGCUUCAUCCAGAACCGGGAUGGGACAUACGAGCUGUUCAAGUGUCCCAAAGUGGAAGUGGAGAGCAUUGCCGAGACAUACGGGCGCCUGGAGAAGCAGCCGGUGAUC